UGAAAACGGAUCCUGUCCCAUACCAAGAGGAGUUUGAGAGGUCUUUUGGAGAGAGGAAUGGGGGGAACACGAGUUUUGGGUUGUCUGUGUACAAGUAUCUAAACAUGGGUGGUAGGGAGGUAAAGGCCUAAGGGUAGCAUUUAGAAGAGGCUUAGAUGGGCUCUUAAGUCUUUUGUCUUGACUUCAAGGUUAGAGUAGAAACCAAUAGACAGGAAAAUCCAGAUAUCCCCAAACAAGAAGCCAGAUUAAUUUCUUUCCUUUGAGAUCAAGAAUGAUAAGAUAAUAUUACGAUGUAUACAUAGAAACAAAUCCCAACAACCUAUCAUAUAUAUAUAUGCCAUUCUUCUUCUUCUUCUUCUUCUUCUUCUUGUGUUGUAUUUUAUCUAUUGUAUUGCGGCCGUCUUAAUCCAAUGGCGGCAUCCUCAUCAUUAGCAUCAGAAGCAUGGAAGGCGCAUGCGGCCAUGGCGUUGGUCCAACUAUUCAACGGAGGAUAUCAUGUUAUCACCAAAGUCGCUCUUAACGUCGGCAUCAACCAGCUCGUCUUCUGUGUCUUCCGCGACCUCAUUGCGCUUUCUAUUCUGGCCCCCAUCGCCUAUGUCCGCGAAAAAAGGAUUCGACCACCUAUGACUAAGCCUGUUGUCAUGACAUUCUUUGUACUAGGGUUAACUGGGAUAUUUGGGAACCAGCUUCUGUUUCUUAUUGGACUUAGCUACACAAAUCCAACUUAUGCAGCUGCCACACAACCUGCAAUUCCAGUCUUUACAUUUAUAUUGGCUACAAUAAUGGGUACAGAAACAGUUAAUUUACUCAGAACUGAAGGUCAGGUGAAGGUUGGAGGUACACUUGUAUGUGUUUCUGGUGCCAUAUUAAUGGUUCUGUUUCGAGGCCCAGUUUUAAUCGGAUAUUCAGAGUCAGACCCUUCAAUGGAGAAUGAAAUAAUUGCCCGGGGUCAACCAGAGCCUGCUGGAUGGUUAAUGUAUAGCUUUAUGGAGUAUGGGCUAGGACAGUGGCACCUUGGUGUGUUAUGCUUAAUUGGAAACUGUUUAUGCAUGGCAGCUUAUUUAGCCAUUCAGGCUCCACUUUUGAAGAAGUAUCCAGCCAGCCUUUCAGUCACAGCAUAUUCAUACUUUUUUGGUGCUUUAUUUAUGGUAGUGACAGCAUUCGUUAUGACUAAUGAGUCAACAGAUUGGAGUUUGACGAAGUCUGAACUUUUCGCAGUCUGCUAUGCUGGAGUAGUUGCUUCUGCCAUUAACUAUGGGCUCCUGACAUGGUCCAAUAAGAUCUUGGGGCCUUCUUUGGUUGCUCUGUAUAAUCCACUUCAACCUGCGGCUUCUGCCUUCCUGUCAAGAAUUUUCCUUGGAAGCCCUAUUUAUUUGGGAAGCAUUCUUGGGGGAUCUUUAAUUAUUGCUGGUCUCUAUUUGGUCACUUGGGCAUCCUACAGAGAAAGACAAGCUGCAAUGGGGGUUAUCCCUCAUGCUAUCAGGACCUCUGAACCACUCAUUCACAAAGAUGCAUCACUCACCAAGAUUCCAUAUCAGAGGGGACAUAUUUUCUCUGGGCCAUCCACCUCAUUGCCAAAGGGCUUAGAUUGAGCAACAUAUGAUGGGAUGUGAGUGUAAAGUUAUUCCCAUAUUGAUCUGUUCUAAGAUGAAAUACUUUUGAGAUAAGCGCAACUUCAUUUACCAUUUCUUCUCUUUACAUAAGCAUGUCUUUGCAGAAGUUAUUUUCUUCUAUGCUGUGGUUUCACCAUUUACUCUAUACAUCUUUCAAUCAUUCUUCUUUCA